AUGUACGAGAGAAAGAGAGCUUGGCGUGCUUGUCAAGCAUGUCGUCGCAAGAAGAUUAAAUGCAACGGCGAAAAUCCGUGCCUCAGCUGCACUCGCAUCAAAGCCGAGUGCGUUUACAUUGAACCUCAUGGGAACACGAGAUUAGUAGAUCCACAGUAUAUUGUCAAACUCGAAAAGCGUAUCACCGUGAUGGAGGAGCAAUUGCGACAGCAAUCAUCAGCCGGGGAACACGGAGAGUAUCUAGUCUCAUCGCAACAUAUGGGAGCGUCUCCAACUGAGGAUGAUUCUGAAAGCAGCGACUUAGUUGGUCAUCGGCUCCUGCCCCCGACGGUGCACUACUCGAGCCGCCAGAAACUUUCCAAACGCUUUUCACAGAUGCUCUAUCACAGACAGCAGAUUCAACAGCAAUAUAUAAUCCUCCAGGAACAGGCCAUGGUACUACAAAAGUAUUACUCGAGGAAACUAUAG